UAUCGCUCACACUUCCUAACAUAGUGUCUUACUCACUCUUGCACAAUAUCUUCCUACAUUUAAUCCCUUCACAUUUCGUAAUCGGAGUAUAUUCCGGCGACCCACUUCAUAUUCCGGUGAAAUCUUCCCAUCCGCCGCCGCCCCAUUUGUAUGUUUGGCUCAUGAUGGAAAUGGAGUGAUAAAAAUCCAAUCUUGGCUAUUAGUCUCUUUUAUUGUCUAACCAUUGGAAUCCAAAUGCGAAUCUGGUGAAAGUGGGAAUAGCAAAAUGGGUUCUUGUCUUAGUGUUGAAGGAGAGGAAUAUCAGCAGAGGGAGAAGAAUUCUUCUUGUGGAAACCAUGGUAUCUAUGCGGAGUCCAAUUCACCGGUGAAAUCGAAUUCAAACACUUUUGUGAUCAUCCCCAAAAAUGUGAAGGACCUACGCCUAAGUCCUGGGAAUGGCGAUCUUGAUAUCUUCACGUACGAGGAGAUGAGGCUGGCCACAAAGGGUUUCCGGCCAGACCAGAUUCUCGGUAAGGGUGGAUUUGGUAUUGUUUACAGAGGAGUUAUAGACGAGAACGUGAGGCCUGGUUACAAGACGACUCAGAUUGCUGUUAAAGUGCUUGAUCCUGAAAGUCUACAGGGGGACCGAGAGUGGCUGGCAGAAGUAAACUAUUUAGGCAAUCUCCGACAUCCUAAUCUGGUGAAACUUAUCGGCUACAGCUGCGAGGAUGACCAUAGACUUUUGAUCUAUGAAUAUAUGGCAUCCGGGAACCUCGAGAAACAUCUUUUCUUUAGGGUACGAACCACGUUAACAUGGCAUAGAAGACUAAAGAUUGCUUUGGAUACUGCAAGAGGCCUUGCUUUUCUUCACGGUGUCGAAAAACCUAUCAUUUACAGGGAUUUCAAGACUUCAAACAUUUUGCUAGAUGAGGAUUUCAACGCGAAGCUUUCUGAUUUCGGGCUGGCAAGGGUUGGGCCAACAGGAGAUCAAACUCAUGUCUCGACCCGGGUUAUGGGCACCUAUGGUUACGCUGCUCCUGAGUACAUCAUGACUGGACAUUUGACAGCAAGAAGUGAUGUCUAUGGGUUUGGAGUUGUCCUGCUCGAGAUGCUAUUAGGAAGACGCACAAUGGACAAGAGCAGGCCAAGCCGAGAGCAUAAUCUCGUGGAGUGGGCACGCCCGCUCCUCAACCACAGCAAGAAGCUUUCGAGAAUACUGGAUCGUAGAAUCGAGGGGCAGUACUCCACCAAGAUUCUCAUGAAAGUGGCCAAUCUGGCAUAUCAGUGUCUCAGCCAGAACCCGAAAGGAAGACCCCUCAUGAGUCAAGUCAUCGAGAUCCUGCAACCCCUCGUCACCCAAGAAUCGAUCCCAAUAGAAAGCAGUGGUGGUGUAACCCUUUACGAAGUCCCAAACGACGCACCUCAGAAUCCCCACAAAGGGUUAAGUAACCGAUUCCAAAGUCAGAGCAAAGGAGACGAUGAGCCCUGAAAAGAACCAACAAUCUCAUCUCAUAUGUAGAUUUUUUUUCGUUGAAAUCUGUGGUUAGGAUUUUGCACUCAAACAGGUUCUUGUUUUGACAGUUAAGUCUGUACUACUUUUUCACAAGUCUGAACAUUGCAACUCAUUCUAUCAA